UUCGUUACUACCGCAGCAACCAAUCCUGACCGUUAAAUGACUUCACCAACGCCGUUCUCUACGGCGGAGGCUGUAGAAUCAAUCAACCUCUCUCUCUCCGACCUCAGCGACAACAGCAAUAACCAGGACUUCUUCGAGAAUCCCCGCCGCUUCUGCGGCUACGUCACGCGCCUCCAGCUCCCUCUCAACACUUUAAUCCGUACUUCUUCCUCGCUUGAUACUCUUUCUCCGUCCGUGCAGACCGCUUUGAAAGGCAUCGCUGGAGAUUUGGCCAAGGCCGUGGAAACGGUGUUGGUUUACCGAAACAGAAGUAAGAUUUUUGUUCUCAUUAAUUGCAUUUCUUUGUCCGAUGAGCUCCAGGAGUGCACGAAAGCUAUCGGCGCAUGGCUCGCUUUGACCGAAACCUCUCUUCACGAUCAUCCCGAACUUCGGAAAAAAAUCGUCGAUCUCUCGCGUGACAUGAAGGAAACUUUGUUCAAAGUUACUGAAAAUGAAGAGCGUGUGCAUUGCACGCUACAGAAGGAGGGUGAAGGAAGACAGACGACGAAAGCAGUUCAGAGCGCAAUAAUAAUGGACUUAAUGAGAACGUUAGGUCUUGAAUCCAAUGAUUUAACUGAAUUAACGAAACAAAUCAAGCAGUUAAGGACUGACUUGGCGCGUUCCAGUUCGGUUCCUGAGAGACGAAUUUUGAGUUCAUUACAACGAAUCUUGGAUUCUUGGUGUAUUGUUCCUGACAUUUCGAGCCUAAAUUAUGAUAUUGAAACGGAAGAUGAUGUUAACAUUUCUCCAUUUAAAAGCUUUUUAUGUCCUUUAACUAAAGAAGUUAUGAAAGAACCAGUAGUUUUGGAGUCAUCACAGACUUAUGAAAGAAAGGCAAUUGAGUAUUGGUUUGAGAGGUGUUUAGACGAUUGUCGAGACCCGAUUUGCCCUGUAACAGGGCAGGUGUUGAAGUCAUUGGAGCUGAAACCGAAUAUCGGUUUGGCUGGAGCUAUUGAGGAGUGGGUAAAUAGGAAUGUUGAUGUUCAGGUAAACAAAGCGGUGGAGGUUCUAGGUGAGGAGAAUCCUCAAGUGGAUUGUGUUGAAAGAGUGUUGGACAUUGUUUAUAAGAUCUCGGAGGAGUAUCCUUUCAAUAGGUACAGGGUUAGGAAUGCUGGUGUUGUGUUGCUUAUAGUUAAAGUGCUCAGGAAUUCUUCUAAGAGUAUUAGAACCCAAUUGAGGAGUAAAGCUCUCAUGGCUUUGCUUAGCAUGGCAAAGGACGAAGAAAGCAAGAAAAUCAUGCUUGACGAGGGUGUCAGUAAAUUGGCCAUACAUAGUCUUAUUGGAAGCUCAGAGAAAGAGAGGGAGUAUGCGGUGAAGUUAUUACUUGAGUUCUCUAGUGAUAGAGCUUACUGCAUAUCAGUAGCAUUAGAGAAAGGGGCAUUAGUUCUUCUCACAAGUAUGGCAGGAAAUUUGGAGCAUCCUGCUUUGUCCAAUCUAGCUGAGGAGGUGUUAAAGAAUUUGGAGAAGGUAGAUGACAAUGUUCAGCUUCUGGCAGCAGCUGGAAGAUUUGAACCAUUGAUUAGUCGUUUAUGUGAAGGUUCUGAUGAUGUUAAAAUAGAGAUGGCAUACAUGGUGGGAAAGAUGACCUUGACUAAUAGCAGUAAAGAACAAAUUGCUAGACAAUGUGCUAAAGUACUAGUUCAGUUGCUAUAUAAGUCGGCAGGAAGAGCAGCAAGCUUGCAAGCAUUGUACAACCUAUCCGGGUUGGAUGACAAUGCAACCAUCCUUGUUGAUUCUGCCGUGCUUCCAGCUCUAAUGGACAUUCUUUUUAAAGACCAGGAUGCUUCACCAGAACUGAAUGAGUUGGCUGCAGCUACAAUUGCAAACAUAGUGUCAAAUCCAGGGCACUGGGAGUUAUCAUCUGCUGACAAGAAAGGGAAUUCAAUGCAGUCAGAAUCUGUUGUCUCCAGUCUUUUGGCUCUUUUAUCUGUUGCAUCUCCAAAGUGUCAAGUGUCCAUUCUCCAUAUCCUGUGCGGAAUCGCUUCAUCUCCCCAAGCAGCAGGUUCUGUGGCUACUCACGUAAAAUCUGGAGAUGGCAUUAAAAGCAUUUUCCUGUUUCUUGAACACCCUGAAGUUGAAUACAGAGCUCAUGCUUUUAGGCUUACCAGAAUACUCUCAGAAUGUUUUGGUCAAGAUCUAGCUUAUGAGCUAAAACCAUUUAACAAACCUUCAUUUUUCAAAGAAAAGCUAUUAGAUGACCAAUCAACACAUGGUGAGAAAUCUGAUGCUGCAUGCAUACUUGCCAAUAUUCCGCUCUCAGAAGAAGAAGUGAAAAGACUUUUCGAAGCUAACUUUAUAAAAUGGAUAGUGACCAAUCUUAAGAACCAGCAACGCAGUUCCAAUGCAAGACUUUUCCGACAUAUACCAAGCAUGGUUGAAGGGUUACAUGGGCUUCUACUUCACUUUACAAGGAGUCUCGAUCCACCAAGUCUUAUUGUGGCGAGAGAACAGAGUCUUAUGACUGUUUUCUGUGAGCAACUCAGUUUUCCUUCAAAACCAAAAGUGAAGCAACUGGCUGCCCUUGGAUUAAAGAACUUGUCAGAAGCUGGAAGGUUGCUUUCUGCUGCAGACUCUGGAAAACCAACUCCUCGGGGAGUCUGUGCUGUCUUGGUAGCCAUGUGUGGUAGGCCUCCUCCAGAACCUUCCACAUGUCCUAUACACAAUGCUCAUUGUGAAGACGAUAGUCAGUUGUGCCUGCUAAAGAGCAAUUGCAUCAGACCACUGGUUGAUCUUCUCAUGGAUGAGGACACUAACGUUCAAAUUGCCGCAGUGGAGGCACUUUCAACUCUCAUUGUGGAUACUUCUAAAAAUUUGAAAAGAGCUGUUAAUGAGCUGGAUCAACAAGGUGUGGUUGAUGCUGUGAUUGGUCUUUUCACAGAAGUUCGUCCUGGGGUUCUUCAAGAGAGGGCACUUUGGAUGAUAGAGAGGAUACUGAGAGUGGAAGGCCACAGUCACCGAUACUCACUCAAUCAAUCUCUUGUUAGGGCUUUGGUAGAAGCGUUUAAGCACGGGAAUGCCAAUGCCAAGAUGCAUGCUCAAGAGGCUCUUACAAACCUAAAGCAGAUAUCGGGUUUCAGUGGAAAAGGUUCAAGUCAAGCUCAUUCACGAGGUAGGUAAUGAAUGAAAGUUGUAAUUCUACUUUGUCAAUGUUGUAAUGUUCUGUAAUUUAUGGUAGUUUAUCUUGUAUAGUGGUUACAUAAUUCAUAUUUUGCUUGACGUAGCAUAUGAAAUUGGCUUAAGUUAUGUGCAUUAUCGAUCAAGAAACUUAUGUGUACAUUAUAAAUACAAUUAGU